CUACAAUGCUGCUGAACUUGAAGCCUGAGCAGGGGGAUCUUUUUGGAAGGCAGCUCCUCUUUCUGUGGUGAGAGAGGGGUGAGAGCGCCACGCAUUCUGGGCUUUGGGCUCCUCGUGCUCUCGCAUCUGCUUUCAAAGUUGUGGAAAAUCUUCAGCCACUCUCUGCAGAUGAAGCGUCGAAAUCUUGGUGGCUGGGCCCUAUGUUAAGCUGGCUUUUAGGUGGCUUGUGUGGCCAGUCCUCAAGCGUUCUCCUAAAGAAUUCUCACUUCUAUUCACGUACCAUGUUGAGAGCCGGCUGCAGCUCUAUGCAAGCAACUUGCUAACUUCAGGCAGGAUGGAAGCUUGAAAGAACGUCGAAAUGAGCUGCCGCUAUAUGCAGUUCAGACUUGGCUAGCUUAGACCUUUCGAGCUUCUCUCUUCCAAUAACAGACAAAAGCCUUGAAAAGAGCUGUACCACCACCACCAUCAAGUGGUCCCACGUACUUUUCGGCGGCUAGACAAAGAUGAGCUGCCAAAUCAGCAUUGUGCCGCAAAGCUCCGUUUAAGGAACAAAGUCUAGGAGCACUUGCAGGCAGUUCCCUCUUGAGUCUGGCAGCCAAGAUUUCUCUCCGGCCCUUAUCUUAUCAUCUGAAGCAACUUGGAGCUUAUCAUGGGGCUGGAUGGAGGAACGAUCAUCAGCCGCAGUGAUGUAAUUCGUGGUCAAUCAUGGCGUGUCAACCAGGCCGACAGCAGCAGUCGCUCCACACGGGGUGGGCAGAUUGGUGAUGGUUAUGUGGCGCCGAGGGAGGCCGCUUCGGCAGAAGAUCUAGUGGUUGCCAAGUGGUCUUCCUGUUCUCUGACUGGUCAGGCCCUCAGGGAACCGAUCGCUGCUUGCCAUCUUGGAAGAUUAUACAAUCGGGAGAGCGUGCUGGAGUUUCUGUUGGCUAAGAACGACCUGUUCUUGGACGAGUCAUCCGAGUGGCGGUACGAUAACCAGAAGCAAUUCGCUGAGGACUUUGGGCAUCUGAAGUCGGCCAAGAGCAUCUUCGAGGUGCAAUUGCUGCGUGAGCCACUCCGGAACGACGACGAGGCGGCCCGUUCCAGAGACAAUCUUCCUUGGGUGUGCCCAAUCACACACGUCUCCCCGAGCCUACGCCACCCGUUCGCAGCCUUGGCUAGCUGCGGACACGUCUUUGCAAAAAAGGCGCUGCUCGAGGUCACAGACCCGUGUUGUCCAUCUUGCGGGAAGGCGUACGCUCCGAACGACGUCGUACCCAUCAACGGAUCUUUGGAAGAGGUAAAAUUGCUGAAGGAGCGAUUGCAGCAAUACCGGAAAAAGAGAAGGCGGACAGUGGAGGCAAAAGCAGCGGAGGCUUUGGAAAGCAGCGGGUUACCAGCGAAGCCCCCGAAGCUGCUGAAGGAACAGUGACGCAGGUUGUGAACCUGCGGCCCGUGUACAGUAUCCCGGUUAUUCCGUUUGCGCACACCCCUUAUUGGGCGCUUUGAUACGACGACUCGUUGACGCCCACUGGCAGCUCUCAAGGUUCACUGGUUUCCGAAGCGACUAGCAAUACCGAGUUGCAUCGUAGCCCUUUGGAAGCCUAGGUGGAUAUCGAAGUCAGUACUCAGGUGAAUUGAGAGUCGUUAUGCAGACCCCUGUAUUGGGCAGCGGCCCUACAGGUGUUACACGGCAAUGAGUCACUAAUUGCAGCAUGUUGCCAACUUAAGAAUCGCAGACCAUGGCCGACAACAGCAGCUUUCGAUGAAAGCCUCGAUGUUCUAUCAACGGAC